UCUCAUUACAUAUUCAAGGUGCGGCUUUGCCAAACAGGUGAAGCAGAUCCGGAGAUCUUACACGAAAUACUUUGUAGAGGAAAAUAUAACGGAGUAGUUGUUCUGUUAUUUACUGAAUUGUAAGCAUACUGGACUGUCCUUUUUGUACCCUCCAAGAUAACUUGAAGAUAAAAUAUAAAAAGAAAGGAAAUCGAUUUUUUUUCCCGGCAACAGGUGUAGCGAGAGAACUUUGGGAUAAAAGACUCUUUGUGAAGACCCUUGGUGCUACCUAGCAAAAUACCUUUUAUUUUUUUUACACGUAUUUAAAUUUUUUGUUUUAAAGAUGGCCAACUCCGGGCUUCAACUUUUAGGUUUUGCUCUCUCGCUCAUCGGGGUCAUUGGACUGAUUAUCGGCACUAUCCUUCCCCAGUGGAAGAUGUCGGCUUACAUAGGAGACAACAUUAUCACGGCAGUGGCAAUGUACCAGGGGCUAUGGAUGUCGUGCGCUUUUCAGAGUACCGGACAGAUGCAGUGCAAAGUCUACGACUCCAUUCUGCAGCUGGACAGUGCUCUCCAGGCGACCCGGGCCCUGAUGAUUGUGGGCAUCAUCGUGUCGGUGGCGGGGCUGGGCGUGGCGUGCAUGGGCAUGAAGUGCACCAACUGCGGGGGCGACGACAGAGUGCGCAAGUCCCGCAUCGCCAUGACGGGGGGCAUCGUCCUCCUGGUGGGGGCUCUGUGUGCGAUAGUGGCCUGCUCCUGGUUUGCCCACGACGUCAUCAGAGCGUUCUACAACCCCUUCACGCCCGUCAACACAAAGUUUGAGUUCGGGGCGGCCAUCUUCAUCGCCUGGGCCGGCUCGUUCCUGGACGUGCUGGGGGGGGCCAUGCUGGCCGCCUCCUGCCCCAGGAGCAAGCAGGUGUCCAAAUACCCUGCCGUGGCUAGCAACCGACCCCCCAGCAGUGCCAAGGAGUACGUCUGAGCGAGCCCCCCUCCCUCCAUACCCACCCCCCCGCUGGUCUCCCCUUCGUCGGCAUGCCGACGGGGAAAAAACACCGCCUUCAUGAAUGGGGGUUAUCUGUGAAACAUUUGGUCCCCAAUUUGGUCUGUUUUUGAUUCAGAGUAUGCUGUCGAUCUCUCUCUUCCAUGAAGGCAUUUAUUUUAUUUCAUAUUUUUUAUUUUUCAUGUGACGAUCACACUGGUCCUGAUUUUUCAUUUUUGGGGUACAUUACUUUGAAACGCCCCUCCUGAAGGACUUGUUUUAUACCUAGACUGAGAAUGCUUCCCGAGUGCUUGUGUCUGCAUCUUCGAACUCCUCUUCCUCAUUCAGUCCACUUUGGUCGUCUCUCCAGGUCAAUCUUCUUGCUUUUUCUCUCGUACACCUCUUCUCUUCACCCAUCCCCUCUUUCCUUUCUCCUCUCCGGCCCCUCUGUACCUCCCUCUCUUCUCUUUCUUCAGUUUAACCCUCCUUCACUCAUCUUUUGGGACGAUUCCUCUACACACAUUCCAUGUUAAUAAUUAUACCCUUUUUUUUAGCAUUUGUUUGCAUCAUGAUUCCGACGUGCUGACGUUACCCCCGCUAAUGGGAGAAAUGGCCCAUUUUCAGUUUUGGGUUUAAAAUGUUGGGGGGCCCAGCCAGGGGGUUGGGGGGGGUGCAGUUUCUAAUCUCAGGGUGGAGUUGAGAGGGAGUAACUAACUCAUCAGGGCAUUUGCGUUCGUACGCCCCUGAUUGGCUGUGUCCAGAGGGCAGCGUGUCACUAAUGCACCAGUGUGACGACUGCACUGUGAAUCUGCAGCGCUGAGCUCGUCCAAUCACAGGGCAUCUUUCACGCUGUUCAUCCGUAAUUGGUUGGCUUCUUUGCCACACAUUUCUAUACCCACCCAAGUCGAGAGAAAUUACAUGAUUUUGUUUGUGAUUAUCAAUCAUAUUUUUUUGUUUUAAAAAAGUGAAUGUAAUUUUCCUUUCAAACAACUGUUCUUCCCCCUCCCCUGCCAACAAAUAAUGUGUAACCAACAUCAUAGCCAUGAAGUAGAAGUGAGUACAGCUUCUGAGUGUGUGCCCCUGUCUCCACCAUCUGUUACUCAUGGGGUCAGUGUUGAUCCAAUGGGAGUAAUGUUCUUGUACUGUAGUUGCACAAUCCUUGGUCCCCCCCCCCCCCUUUUGACUUAAGUAGACCUUUGUCCUCAGACACACAUUGUGCCUUUGUCCUGUAUUUCACGUUGGAAUGCCGAUCUGAGAUUUUUAAAUUAUUUUUUAAAACACUGGAAAACAAUUUAAUUCUGCAUCUCUUCCCCCCCCUUUUUAAAAAAAUGUUUGUACCAUAAUGGCUGAAGAGCUAAGGUGGGAGUUUUAAUGUUUUAAUGUAAAAGUUCAGAUCAACUCCUUCCAAUGUGUCGUAGCACCAUUUUUUGCUGACUUUUAUUUGCAAAAAUGUUUUUAAUAAUAAAACUAUGAAAUGCCACAUUUGCUUGAAACCGUUUUGUUUUAUAUUUAAGGGAGCCUUGUACGUGACAUUAAAUUCACUACAUGAUUACAAAGGUGUGUGUGUAAGCUGGUGAUUUCUUUUUCCCCCGCCCAAAAAUGGACACGAGUGUCAAAACGAAUGCAAUUUUAAUCAAACCCAUUUUAGAACCAUUCCAAUACAACAACGCAGUCAUUACAGAAAGUAACAUUGCAUGCAUAUACAGAAAGCGAAUUCAUAUCCCUGUGAAUCUGCUGCCAUCUGUCGACUGGUUUCAAAAUUACGCUGUUCACAGCAAGACAGAAACAGCAUACUUUCAGUCAAGAUUCAGGUGACGAGAAAUGGCAUCAAAAUAUUUUCAGUUGGUAAAAAACCCAAUACAAUCUAACCCAUUACUUGAACAUUGACUGUGUGAUCUGUCUGUGUGAUUAAAGAUAUGUUCUCCAUCCGUUGCAAUAUUUUAUUAAAUCCAUGCAGUUUUGGGCCGUGUCCAAAACUGCGUACUUGCUUACUAUUGAGUAUACAAGUUGUAAAACUUGCGUGAAACGUGUAGCCUAUACUCAAUAGCAAGCAAGUAAGCUGUUUCGGAAACGUCGAUUGUCUCCAAACACCCUCGUGAUAUGUCUUUUUUUUUUCAGCGUCAACUUAAAUUGCAAACUGAGGAGCUGCACAGUGUAACCGACUUAAUGAGCAUGUCACCAGAUGUAGAUAUUUAUAGCGAUUAGGAGACAUAAGUAGCGUACACAAGACGUUCAAUAUUUUUCUUUAAAUUUUCCAACAAAAGCGAACAUGCAGUAUAUGUGUAUCACUGGAGAAAUGCACAAAAUAUACCUUUGGAUAACGCAGUCCUGCUUCUGAUGACUGUCUAUAUUAACGUUUUGAGGUUCACCAAGCGAGUUUUUCUUUUUUUUUUUGCAAUGCAGGAUUGGCAACAAUUUAUGGGGCGCGUAAACCAGCGCACAUCGACUGCAGUGAACAUGAACGUAUGUUCGUCUCUAAAAUGCAUGCACGUGCGGUACAAACCGCAAGUUGUAAUCAAUGUACUUCUUCCCACCUCCACAGAGGUACGACCCGUAAACACGAAUGCUUGGUUUAAGCUCUGAUUUGGCCAACUUGCACAGCUACUGUAAAAUGUAUAUUGUGUAUAUUAUACCUUAAAUAUGGUAAAUAAAUAUUUUACACAAGCUUAAAUGUCAUUUUUUUUUUUUAAAGAAUAAGUGUUACCGUAAAGAUACAACAGGCUAUACUCGCGCACAGUGAGCCUUAUAAAGGAAA